AUGGCCGACGUAUCAAACCCAGAAUUAGGUGAAGCUUACAGAGAAGUCCUUGCUGAUGGCAAUGACACCAACUGGACCCUCUUUGGUUAUGAAGGUAACUCUACCAUCGUCCUCCAAGGAAAGGGAUCUGGCGGUCUUGAAGAGCUCAAGUCCAACCUCCACGACGAUCAAGUCCAAUUCGGUUACUUGCGUGUUACCUCUGGUGACUCUGAGUCCAAGCGUGCCAAGUUUGUCCUCAUCUCCUGGUGUGGUGAAAAGGUUGGCCCACUCAAGCGUGCUAAGUUGUCCGUCCACAAGGCCUCUGUCAAGAAGGUCAUCCUCAACUUUGCCGUCGAAGUCCACGCUGAAAAGCAAGAAGAAUUAGACGAAGACGAAAUCAACACCAAGGUCCGUAAGGCUUCCGGUGCUGACUACAGUGGUAGCCUCGCCAACUAA